AUGCGCAGCUUUCAGCCAAACUGUACCUUUCCUCGAACCGAACCAGCCGGGUUCAUCAAUAACCCAAACAUCCGUUCGACGCUGGAUAUCGUCUGGAGCUGUACGAGCAUCAUCAUUCUUUCGACCUGGUCGGUUCUGCACCUAACAGUACCUCCGGAUAUCCAAGCAAAGUCCAAGCGCCAAAUCAUCCGCAAACAUCUAUAUCUCUUGCAACGAAAGUUAAGCUGGAUGGGCAUCAUGCUCAUGUUCCCAGAAUACCUCCUCGCCAUCGGUGCCUCGAAUCUGUUUGCUGCUAUCGAAAACAACCGUACUCUACAGAAGCUGGCCGCAGACGAUGGGGUCCCCUGGUCAAAAACACAUACGAUUCAAGCAGACAUGGGAGGAGUGGCGUUACGCUUCUCGGAACACAGCUCGACACGAAACUCGAUACGUGGUGAGGGAGACAAGCCGGACCGGCAGAAAGACGAGCCCGAAGCAGUUGACACCGACGAUAUAUCUAGAACGCCGUCGCAAUCUGACGGCUUCCCAAAAUUCUUACGGGACUUUCAAGAGAGCCAAAGGCUACACCUCCAGGGCUUGGGAGAGAUUCCAUGGACGCCGUUCCAUCGACAUAUGAGGCUCGCCGCCGAAUACAUUCGUCCCGCAGACAAGCCCGGAACUACCCAAGCCAACCAUCUCGCGCCGCUACAUGGAAAUAUUUGGGUUUUGGACUCCAAGCAGCUUGCCCUAGCAAGAGAGCAUAGGGUGAUUCAAAGGCUCCCAUGUAUCCGAUUAGAAGAGAUCCAAGACAAGAGUAAAACUGACGGCCUGGUGCGGUCACUAGCGGUGAUUCAAGUUGGUUGGCUCAUCGUUCAGCUCCUCGUUCGGUAUGUUGGACACCUCCCCUCCUCUGCCCUCGAGUUCAGCACCCUGGCCUUCUCCUCUUGUGCCAUUAUCAUCUAUAUGAUAGAAUGGAACAAAUCUAAGGAUGUGGCUGUCCCCAUCUACCUCGACACGGACGCCGUCAUCUCAUCCGCAGCAUUCAAUGCUAUUGCCGAAGCUGCGCCCACCAUCUUUCUGCGAAGUCGACACUAUUACAUGCCACAGAGCUGUCACAUCGACCGGCUCAUCGUACUCAUUAGCAUUCUUUCCACCACUUUGUUUGGGGGAAUUCAUCUCUUCGCAUGGAACAUCGAGUUUCCCACUGCAGCAGAACAAGUGCUUUGGAGGACAGCAGCCAUACUAGUAGCCGUUAUACCUUCCGUUUGUGCUCUACUCGUUCUUUUAGAAAGCCUCGUUCUCGGCACCACUGAUAAACUUUCAAGACUGAGCACAUAUAUAUUUGCGCCGUUUUACCUGUCGGCACGAGUGUUUCUUAUCAUGGAAAGCUUCCGGUCCCUGUAUUUCUUACCCCAUGACGCGUUGAUAUCGACAUGGGUGGCCUACGUACCGCACAUUAGUUAG